GUCAAUCACGUGGUUUUCAGAGGGUGGAGAGCAUAGUCAGCUGAGUGGCAGCCAUUUUGUGCGUCCGUGUCCAGUGACAGGAGAUCCCGGCGGGGCCGGCCCGGUUCUGGAGAUAUGGCGCUCCGGAUAGUGAAAGGCAGUAUUGACCGUAUGUUUGAUAAGAACUUGCAGGACUUGGUGAGGGGUAUCCGGAACCAUAAGGAAGAUGAGGCAAAAUAUAUCUCUCACUGCAUUGAUGAAAUCAAACAGGAGCUGAAGCAGGAUAACAUUGCAGUGAAGGCCAAUGCCGUCUGCAAGUUGACUUAUUUACAAAUGCUGGGCUACGACAUCAGCUGGGCUGCGUUCAAUAUCAUUGAAGUGAUGAGCGCUUCAAAGUUUACAUUCAAGAGAAUUGGCUACCUGGCUGCAGCACAAUGCUUUCAUGAGGGGACAGAUGUGAUCAUGCUAACUACAAACCAGAUCCGUAAGGAUCUAAGCAGCCCAAACCAGUAUGAUACUGGGGUUGCCCUGACUGGGUUGUCUUGUUUUGUCACCCCUGAUUUGGCCAGAGAUCUUGCAAAUGAUAUUAUGACAUUGAUGUCGCACACCAAGCCUUACAUUAGAAAAAAAGCUGUUUUAAUCAUGUACAAAGUAUUUCUGAAGUACCCAGAAUCACUGCGACCUGCUUUCCCACGGCUGAAAGAGAAACUGGAGGAUCCCGAUCCAGGUGUACAAUCUGCAGCAGUGAACGUUAUUUGUGAGCUGGCACGCCGAAACCCUAAAAAUUAUUUAUCCCUUGCCCCCUUGUUCUUCAAGCUAAUGACCUCGUCAACCAAUAACUGGGUCCUUAUUAAAAUAAUUAAACUGUUUGGCGCACUUACUCCUUUGGAGCCUAGACUUGGGAAGAAAUUGAUUGAGCCUUUAACUAAUUUGAUACACAGCACAUCUGCAAUGUCCCUCUUGUACGAAUGUGUGAACACUGUUAUAGCAGUUUUGAUAUCACUUUCAUCAGGAAUGCCUAACCACAGUGCCAGUAUACAGCUCUGUGUGCAGAAGUUAAGAAUUCUAAUAGAAGAUUCAGACCAGAAUUUGAAAUACCUGGGCUUAUUAGCUAUGUCAAAAAUCCUAAAAACGCAUCCCAAGUCGGUGCAGUCCCACAAAGACCUUAUCUUACAAUGUCUGGAUGACAAGGAUGAGUCAAUUAGACUGAGAGCACUUGAUCUUCUUUAUGGAAUGGUAUCUAAGAAAAAUCUCAUGGAGAUUGUCAAGAAGUUAAUGAUCCAUGUAGACAAAGCAGAGGGCACUGCAUACAGGGAUGAGCUGCUCACCAAAAUUAUUGACAUCUGCAGCCAGUCAAACUACCAAUAUAUCACCAACUUUGAAUGGUAUAUAAGCAUUCUAGUGGAACUCACUCGAUUGGAGGGAACGCGUCAUGGUCAUUUAAUAGCUGCCCAGAUGCUCGAUGUUGCAAUUCGAGUGAAAGCCAUCCGUAAAUUUGCAGUUUCUCAGAUGGCUACACUGCUAGACAAUGCCCACCUUUUGGCUAAUAACACUCAGCACAAUGGCAUUUGUGAGGUCUUGUAUGCAGCAGCUUGGAUUUGUGGCGAGUUCUCAGAACAUCUCUUAGAGCCGAACCAGACUUUAGAAGCUAUGUUAAGGCCGAAGGUCACAACCCUCCCAGGACACAUCCAAGCUGUGUAUGUGCAGAAUGUGGUUAAACUUUACUCCUGCAUACUGCAGGGCAAAGAACAUGCAGGGGACCAAGAAGCAGCACAAGAAAUCACCCAACUCAUGAUUGACAGAUUGCCCCAGUUUGUGCAAAAUGCUGACCUGGAAGUACAAGAGAGGGCAUCAUGCAUUUUGCAGCUGAUAAAAUAUAUCCAGAAACUACAAUCCAAGGAGGUCCCAGUAGCAGAAGAAGUAAUGGCACUGUUUGCAGGGGAACUUAACCCUGUUGCUCCCAAAGCUCAGAAAAAAGUACCAAUUCCAGAAGGCCUGGACUUGGAAGCAUGGAUCAAUGAGCCUCCAUCAGACAGUGAAUCUGAAGAGGAAAAACCCAAAGCCAUCUUCCAGGAUGAGAAGCAAUCUCAUGGAAAAACAUCUCGACCUGAAAUUGAUGAGCAGGAACUCGCAAGAAGGCGAGCUGUACGUAAAGAAGAGCAAGCUAAUAAUCCAUUUUAUAUAAAGAGUUCUCCAUCCCCACAAAAGCUUUACCAAGACAGUCCUGGAGUUGAACACAUCCCUGUUGUGCAGAUUGAUCUCUCAGUUCCACUCAAAGUGCCUGGCCUGCCUAUAUCUGACCAGUAUGUGAAAUUGGAAGAGGAGCGUAGGAGCAAGCAGCGUCAGGAAAAGGACAAAAAGAAAAGGAAGGAGAAAGACAAGAAAGGUAGCAAGACUCGACGGCACCGUUCUCUGCAUACUGAAAGUGAUGAAGAUAUCACUCCUGCUCAGCAUGUGGAUAUCAUCACUGAGGAAAUGCCUGAGAAUGCAUUGCCUAGUGAUGAGGAUGAUAAAGACCCAAAUGACCCUUACAGAGCUCUGGACAUAGAUUUGGAUAAGCCUCUAGCAGACACCGAUAAACUUCCUGUACAAAGACAUCGGAACGCAGAGAUUAAAAAAUCCCCAGAAAAUGAAAGUCCCACAUCAGACCAGAAAAUCAAUAAGUUAAGCAAGAAGGAAAAGAAGCAGUCAGAGACAGAGAGAGUUAAGAAAAAGGAAAAAAAGAAAAGCAAGGAGAAAGAAGAGAAGAGCAAACACAAGAAAUCUGUGUCCAGCUCUAAUAAAGAGAAAGAAAUGCCAUUGAAGGAAGAUGAGUUUCCAGUGGAUGAACAAGUCAAUGAAGCUCCAUCAGAGGAAAUGGAUUUCUGGCUAAACAAUGCCACGUUGCCCUCUCAGCCACAGAGCCAACCUGAAGUAAGCCCAACCAGGGAGGAGCCCAAAGAGGAAGACUUAGAAGGGGAGAGAGGGGAAGAGGAGGGGAAGAAAUCUCACAGACACAAGAAGAAACAUAAGAAGGAGAAAGAGUUAAAGGAGGAUAAGAAAAGCAGAAAGAAAAAGCACCACCACCGUCAUCACUCACAUGAAGAAGAACCUUCAGAAUCGGUACAAAAUGGAACCCUGGAAGAAGAGGAGCCUUUACCACCUAUGUCAAGUUAUUCACUUCUAGCUGAGAGCCCUUACAUCAAAAUGAUGUGUGAUGUCCAUGGGGAUAUGCAGAAGAGCCAAGUUACAGUGUCCGUUAUCCUGGAGAAUCAGAGCCAGAAAUUCUUAAAAAACAUGGAACUCAAUGUGCUUGACUCGCUCAACACCAAAAUGCUAAGGCCAGAAGGAGCGUCUGUUCAUGAUGCCAUCCCUGUUCCAUUUCAACUUCCUCCAGGGGUCUCCAAUGAAGCUCAGUUUGUUUUUACUGUUCAAAGUAUUGUAAUGCCUCAGAAGUUGAAAGGAACACUGUCCUACAUAGUCAAGGACGAUGAAGGAUCUGCCCAUGAAAAAAUAGACUUUAAACUACACUUCAGCUGCUCUUCUUACUUAAUUUUGACACCUUGUUACAGUGAUGCAUUUGCCAAGUUGCUAGAAUCAGGUGAUCUGAAAAUGAGCUCCCUCAAAGUGGAUUGCACCCUAUCAUACCACCAUCUUAUAUCAAAGAUUUGCUUUUUCCAUCACUUUACAGUGGUAGAACGAGUUGACACGUGCGCGUCAUUGUACAGUCGAUCAAUCCAGGAUCAUCAUGUCUGUCUACUAGUAAAAAAGGGUGGCAGUUCGGUAUCUAUUGAUGGGAAAUGCAGUGACGCCUCUCUUCUCAGCAGCCUUCUCAGUGAGAUCAAAGAAACACUUUCAAGUUCUUGAGCUGGAAUAUGCCCUCCUCCUUUUAACUGUAUCUGUUCCUCCUGGAAGCACUCAAAACAGAAACUGAAAAGGCCCACAACCUUCUCCCUUUCUCCAGUUGUCUCUUUGAUCCAGGCGCAUGCUUAUGGUCUUUGCCUGUUUGCAGCAGGAGGUCAUUUUACUCUCUCACCUGAAAGCAAGACUGUUUCACUUUUUUCUUUUAAGCCUGUCCUGUCUGUUAUUUUUGUUCUGUUUUUUUCUUUUUUAAGAUCAUGUGAGGCAAAAGAAAAGCUAUUUUAAAAGACCUGUGAAUUUACCCCUUUUAAUGUCCAAGUGGCAAAAGCUAUUUCAGUGAAAAAAAAUUAAUAUUCAAUUGUUCUGUCAUCAAAAAAUUGCUUCUCCGUGUCCAUUUUAGAAAGGAAUGGCCCAACAAACAUAAUAGUUGUCUUUGCCUAGAAACAAGGUACUGACAUUGAACUUGCAGCGCCUUUCAUUGUUUUGUUUUUUUUCUUCACUGGGAAUAUAGAGGUAGUUUAGAAUUCUUUCGAAUCAUACCAUAAUUUAAUACUAUGCAUCUAGUUUAAUCACCCCAGAUGUGCACUUUUUUGUUUUGUUUUGUUCUCGCAUUUCCUUAUAUAAUGCAUGAAUUGCCGUUAAGGCGACAGAAUAAUUCUUUGGUUUGCUUUACCCCUUUGUGCAAUAUGUGGUUUGCUCUGUUUUUUCUUUAUAAAGACUAAACAUUGUGUAGUAUGUCUCCUAUAGUUUAUGCAUAAAUAGACAUUCCUGUACAGUAAGAUCCACUUUCUGUGGCCACAAAACUGGAAUACCCAAACCUCAGUCUUUACCUCACUUUCAACCCUUCCACUCAGUGUGUGUGACUAAAGGUUUUUUUUUUGGAUUGCUCUGUUUUUUUGUGUUCCUUUACCUGUACCUGCGUCUAUAAAGAAAUACCCAUAUACAGAGGAAUUCUGUUGUGCCGUUUGGUCUGGCAUUGGUCUGCAGUGGACUUUUGGUGUCAUAUCGGCAGUCUUAAAAUCAGAUGUGCAUGUCUCUCUAUCCGCAAAAUUGGUUAUUUAUCAGAAAGUUGGCAAUGUGGUUUUAACUGUUGGUGCCUUAUUGUAGCUGUGUAUGUUUUUCCCCAGAUAGACUGGUGUACAACCAUAUAUUGUUAAAAAUGUGUUGUUUUUUUUUUAGAAACUAUGACCCAGGGCCCUGGAAUGGCUUGCCACCCUUUACCAGGGAAAUGAGCAGAGAAAAUAUUAUAAUACCUAUUUAUUCUCCUUUGUAAAUGUGCUUUGAAACAGGGCAAUUGCAGUAUGAAUUCACACCUAUGUGGGAUAUAUUUGAGCUUCCAUGAAUAUCGAGGAUGUAGAAGGGCAAACCCAUGUUUUGUGGAUAUUCAGUGCUGUCACACCAAAAAUUAGUAGGGGUAAAGCAGCAUUAACAGUGUUUGUCUACAUUCUUCUUCUAAAAUGCUAAAACCACACUCCAUUACCAAAAUGCCUAAAGAGACUGCAGUGGCACUGAACCACUAUUGUGUUUAACAAUGUACCCCCCCACACACACGCAUACCCAAACAGUGAGGGACACUAGGAAGCAGGUCUGAUAUCGGCUGCUGUGGAAGACCUUUUCUUAAAACAAAACAACAAGUUAUCUGUAUUUCAUGCAUACAGUUCCAUACAUUAAAAGGAAACUUCUGGGAGCUGUGAAUAGUUGUCAACUACAAAAGGAAACCCGAAUAGCCGUCUACAUACAUUUCUACAUGGUAUCCUGUAAGUUAUUCCCAAGUCAGGCAUAUCUUACUGUGUUUCUGCUGUUGUACAGUGUACUUAAUGGCAGCAGCAUUUGUUCUGUGUUUUGAAAUUCUUUUACUUCCCAUAUCAAUUACUGCCCACCCCUCACACACUCUCGAGGUGCUUCCCUAAAUUUGUGUUCAUUUUUAAUUUGUUGUUUUUGUUCCCCACCUCUUGCCUGUCAUAAUGGCAUGUAGAGUAUCUAAUAUCAUAAGAUCCUAUGUGGUGAAUCUAGAAGUUUUGAGUUUGUAUGUGUAAUUAAAUUCGUUCUUGACAUUCCUUUGGAAAGAGGACAGAAGGGUACCACAAACGCUGCUGUAAUUGUUUCAAGAUGAUCCAUAAUAAAGUAUCAAAAUCA